GGUAGAGAACCAAAUUCUGCAGUUGUAUUUCAUGCAUUACCAAGGCAUGAUGAUAUGAUUCCAGUAGAUAAAUCGGAUGAAAAUAAAGAAAGAUGGCAGGAUCGGGAACAUAUUGUACAUCCUCCGGCGAUGAAAAAUGAUCCUAAAGGAAUUGUUGGACAUGUACAAAAAGAUAUAGAAAAAGAAAUGAAAGAAGAAAAACAAAAAGUAGAUCAAAAGAAAACUGAUCAAUCCUAAUUUUUGUAUAACCAAUCAUUUUGAUCACGAUUGAACCCCCACACCACAUGACAAUGAUCUUCAAAAUCGGCCGACUGGACAAUGAGGGGGUGGGGGCCUUGGGGGGUUACCAUAUAUAAUAGUAUUUUCACUCUUCUUGCGUAUCUUAUGCAAAAUAAAUUUAAA